AUGAGUUCAUCUACAAAAUCUGAAGAUAAUGGUGUUCAAACAAGAACAACAGCUGAGCUAGAGCCACCUUUGAUUCAAGGAGUGGAAUUGAUAAGACAAGGCGAACCAAGACAUGUUUUAACAACAUGGUGGUUGCUAGCUAAUGGAGGGCCAAUCGAAUGGGGUAACACCUUGAUUCAAUCAAAACUUGUCCCGGUCGUCUAUGGGAUCUCAUUCGUAACUACCUCAAUGGAACUUUACCUCCCCCAAUGGGCUACUAUGCGUUUGGUUGACCUCUCUCUCAUGGUAAACAAAUUAUCCGGCCCAUUUCCAAGAGUUCUCAGCAGAAUAACUACCCUUGAAAGGUCAAAUGGCUUAAUGCCUUGUUGGUGCAGAUCUACAUGGGGCACUUAUUCUAGGUUAAAACUCACUGCACCCUUUGCACGAUGCAAAAUGGCUGGUUUCACCGGAGUGAGUGGGAUCAUGAUCCGUGAAACUGCAGAGACAAGUAUUGCUAUGUUUAUUUGUUUUCAGAGGUCAAGUAUUGCUAUCAUCUCACAUUUGAGUUUAUAG